AAUAAUUUGAAUCAUUCGAGUUUAAUCAUCCAACAUGGAAAUGAAAACUUUGCUCACCGUGGUAUUAGCAGUUGUACUUGUUUGUCAUGGAAAACCAAUAGUGGAUAAUGCAAAGAUAAUGUCUGGUGUUUUCAUUCCGGCUGAAACAUUUAAAAACCUUCAAGAUGACGCAGCGAGGAAUGGGCUACAAGAUAAAUCCAUAAUCACUCCAAAUUCGGAAAUAGAUUCACAGGUUCGCGUAAAUCCUUCAAAUCAACAACAAAAGGAACAGAAUCCAAUAAAUCAACAGUCAGUAUCGUUAAAUCAACAACCAAGCCAGCAGCAAGUUCUUAUCAAUCAACAACCUCAACAGCAACAACAAAUUUCUAUUAGUCAACAACCUCAACAACAAGCUGUUGCUCAACCGAACCAGCAAGUAGUUUAUCAGACGCAACCACAACAACAAGCUGCUGCUCAACCGAACCAACAGCUAGUUUAUCAGACGCAACCGCAACAACAGGCUGUUGGUCAACAGAACCAACAAUUAGUUUACCAAACGCAACCGCAACAAUCCAGUCAGCAAGUUAUUAGUCAGCCACAGCAGACGCAACAGGUUAUGAGCCAACCAGAUCAACAAACCGUAUACCAACAACCGCAACAACAACCACCUCAAACCAGCCAACAAAUUAUUGUAGCUCAACCAAAUCAACAAGCUGUUUAUCAACAACCACAACCUGGUCAACAGGUUAUCAUAGGUCAGCCGAAUUCCCAGGCAGUCUACCAUCAGGGAGCACCUGGUCAAAUUGUUGUAGGUCAGCCGACAUAUGUAAAUCAACAAUCACGUCCGGUCUACAUCUCGCAACCAGCUAACCAACAGCCAUUAUUGGUAAACCAGCAACCUAAUCGCGGACAGCCCAUAUAUUUAGCACAACCAGGACAAACCGUAUUAGUGGCCCAACAGCCCAACCAGCCCUCGGGUCAACAACAGUAUCUGAUCGGUCAACCUCCCCAACAGACAAUACUUGUUGGACAAUCCGGUCAGAUUAUAAAUCAAAGGCCACAACAGGGUAACGUGUACGCACUUGUGCCAGUCUCAAGUUCAAAUAAUCCAAAUCUUAGUCAAAACCAAGGCGGCGGCACCAUUUACAUCCCUGUACAAGGAUCGAAUCAAGUUUUCACUGUUGCGUCUUAAAUUUUUACAAUUCCUUCAUAUAAAUCUAGUUUGUUACUGAAAUAAAAAAAAAUUGUUAUUGAAAUCAUAGAAUUCUUCUAUAUCCU